CAGACCCGGCCGCUGCCGGUCGGUCCGCGGGUUGGUCGGUCGGUCAGUUAGUUGGUCGGUGGGUCAGUGGCCUGCAGCUCGGCUCUCAGCUCUCAUGUUCGGAAGUGGGAGGGACCUGGGAGAGGUCCGCACACCUGAGCCGCCCGGAGAGGAGCCCUGCACCCAGGAAUCCUGGGGAAAAAAUCCUGUGUCAAGAGGAGUGAUUUACAUCAUCCAGUAAGAGAAGGAGGAGACUGAGCUGGGAGAAGGAGUCAUGGCUUCUGAGGCCAGCCACGCGCUGGAAGCUGCCCUGGAGCAGAUGGACGGGAUCAUCGCAGGCACGAAAACAGGUGCAGAUAUCAGUGACGGUACCUGUGAGCCUGGACUGACUUCACCGGCUUCCUACUUGAAUCCCUUCCCAGUGCUCCAUCUCGUUGAGGACCUGAGGUUAGCCCUGGAGAUGCUGGAGCAUCCUCAGGAGAAAGCAGCACUUCUGAGCCAGAUCCCAGGCCCCACAGCUGCCUACAUAAAGGAGUGGUUCGAGGAGAGCUUGUCCCAGGUAAAUCACCACAGUGCUGCUAGUAAUGAAACAUACCAGGAACGCUUGGCACGUCUAGAAGGAGAUAAGGAGUCUCUCAUUUUACAGGUGAGUGUUCUCACGGACCAAGUGGAAGCCCAAGGAGAGAAGAUUCGGGACCUGGAAGUGUGUCUGGAAGGACACCAGGUGAAACUCAAUGCUGCUGAAGAGAUGCUUCAACAGGAGCUGCUAAGUCGCACAUCUCUUGAGACUCAGAAGCUCGAUCUGAUGACCGAAGUAUCUGAGCUGAAGCUCAAGCUGGUUGGCAUGGAGAAGGAGCAGAGAGAACAAGAGGAGAAGCAGAGAAAAGCAGAGUCAGUUCUGAAUGUGAUCAGUGAGCUGCAAGAGCAGAUGUGUAGGCUGCAGCUGGACAUCCACAGGCAGAUUCAACAGCGCCUCUUACUCAGUAGGGACCACCCUGAGGAGGUGGCUGCCAGCGAUGGUGUGGCCGAGCCCCAGGCCUGCAGCCAGGACUGUGCCCGUUGGGAGGGGUCACCUGAGUUACUGCAAGAGCUCAAGCACCUCAAAAUCAAAGUGGAAGAGUUGGAAAAUGAACGGAAUCAGUAUGAGUGGAAGCUGAAGGCCACUAAGGCUGAGGUGGCCCAACUGCAAGAGCAGGUGGCUCUGAAGGAUGCAGAAAUUGAGCGUCUGCACAGCCAGCUCUCCCGGACUGCAGCUCUCCACAGUGACCAUGCAGAGAAAGACCAAGAAAUUCAACGUCUAAAAAUUGGGAUGGAAACUUUGCUUAUUGCCAAUGAAGAUAAGGACCGUCGGAUAGAGGAGCUCACGGGGCUGUUAAACCAGUACCGAAGGGUGAAGGAGAUCAUGCUGGCAACUCAAGGACCUUCAGAGAGAAGUCUCUCAAUCAAUGAGGAAGAGCUGGAGGGAAGUUUCAGAAAGCGGAACACUACAAAUAAAGGCCCCGAAGAAUUAUUUAAACCCGAGAUGCCUCCAAGAUGUAGCUCUCCCAUAGCGGGGCCACCUCCACUUCCACAGAAAUCACUGGAAACCAGGGCUCUGAAAAAACUCUCCUGCAGCCUAGAAGACUUGAGAAGUGAAUCUGUGGAUAAGUGUGUUGACAGGAACAAACACUCCCUGGUAGAAGAACCCAAGGACAGCCCUUUCCCGGUGGAGCACAAAUACCCAACGUUACCUGGGAAGCUUUCAGGAGCCAUGCCCAAUGGAGAUGCUGCCAACUCUACUCCCGCUGCCUCUCAGCCUGACCCCACGGGAAGUGGCCUGCUGAGGCUGAAUCGUGGCCGGAGUGUCAGUGCCCCCAUAUUAGGAGACACAGAAAGUGGUUGGGACGACCCUACUAUGGCCAAUGACUUAUCAUCCACGUCGUCUGGUACUGAGUCGGGCCCCCAGUCUCCCCUGACACCAGAUGGCAAACGGAGCCCCAAAGGCAUCAAGAAAUUCUGGGGAAAAAUCCGAAGAACUCAGUCAGGAAACUUCAACACUGAUGCCCCGGGGAUGGUGGAAUUUCGACGAGGAGGGCUCCGGGCAACUGCAGGGCCAAGACUCUCUAGGACCAGAGACCCCAAGGGUCAGAAAAGUGACGCCAAUGCCCCCUUCGCCCAGUGGAGCACAGAGCGUGUGUGUACAUGGCUGGAAGACUUCGGCCUGGCUCAAUACGUGAUCUUUGCCAGGCAGUGGGUGACUUCUGGCCACACUUUACUGACAGCUACCCCUCAGGACAUGGAAAAGGAGCUAGGAAUUAAGCACCCUCUUCACAGGAAGAAGCUGGUUUUAGCAGUAAAAGCCAUCAACACUAAGCAGGAGGAGAAGUCAGCACUUCUAGACCAUAUUUGGGUGACACGUUGGCUUGAUGAUAUUGGGUUGCCCCAAUACAAAGACCAGUUUCAUGAAUCCAGGGUUGAUGGGCGCAUGCUGCAAUACUUAACUGUGAACGAUCUACUCUUCUUAAAAGUCACCAGCCAACUACAUCAUCUCAGCAUCAAAUGUGCCAUUCAUGUGCUGCACGUAAACAAGUUCAACCCCCACUGCCUGCACCGGCGGCCAGCUGAUGAGAGUAACCUUUCUCCUUCAGAAGUUGUGCAGUGGUCCAACCACAGGGUGAUGGAGUGGUUGCGAUCUGUGGACCUGGCAGAGUAUGCGCCCAACCUCCGUGGGAGUGGCGUCCAUGGAGGGCUCAUUAUCCUGGAGCCACGCUUCACUGGAGACACCCUGGCUAUGCUUCUCAAUAUCCCACCACAAAAGACACUCCUCAGACGCCACCUAACUACCAAAUUCAAUGCUCUGAUUGGUCCUGAGGCUGAACAGGAGAAACGAGAGAAAAUGACCUCACCAGCUUACACACCACUGACCACCACAGCCAAAGUCCGGCCAAGGAAACUGGGAUUUUCACAUUUCGGAAACAUAAGAAAAAAGAAGUUCGAUGAAUCGACGGACUACAUUUGCCCGAUGGAGUCCAGCGACAGUGUCAGUGACAGGGUCUACAGUGGCUACCGGGGCCUCAGCCCACUCGAUGUCCCUGAAGUGGAUGGGCUGGACCAGAUGGCACCUUCGGAAGGCACUGUGACGCAGAUAGGGCUCCUCUCCCAAGACAUUCACCGCCUCACGACCAUGCUGAGCCAGGACCAGAUGCUGAACGACUCUCGCCUGGCUGCUCCCAACACUGAGGACUGGAGAUGACUUCUUCAUGGCUG